AUGCUAGAUAGGAGGCCGAUAGCUUAUUUCAAUAAAAAGCUAAGUAGAGCAGCGCUCAACUAUCCUACAUAUGACAAGAAGCUUUACUCAAUUGUUCGAACUUUUGCGACAUUGCAGUAUUAUCUAUGGCCAAAGGAGUUCGUGAUUCACACUGAUCAUGAGUCAUCGAAGAAUUUGCGGGGUCAAGAUAGAGUUAAGGACUGUGAACAAGGAGAAACAUUAGUAGCAAUGGAUAAAUUGGCAAUAGAGGAUAUAUGGGCCGAAGCCCCAGUGUCUAUAAUCCAUGGUAGUUUAGUUUUAGAGGUCAAGGGAAAGAUACCAGAGAAGCUAUGGGCUGAAGAAAGUCUAUCAAUUGUCGAUAAUUUUCGUCGGAGAGGCCAGAGAUAA